AUGAUCCACCAUUUCUUGAGCCAGGUUGGAACAAAAAUCUACAGCAAUAAAGUUCUUGAAGGCUGGAUAGUAAGGGUGCGGAAGGUCGCUUACUGUGUUGAGGACAUAACAGACGAGUACAGCUAUAACAUAGCUCUUGAACAAGAAAAACGUUUAAAAUGGUUAAUACACAAAUUCUUCUAUUCAAAUACUUUUCAUCGCAUCACUGUGGAGCUUAAAGAUAUUGAGGAAGAAAUCAAGCACUUGUCACAGCUGAAAGGGACUAUCGAGAAAUGUUCAAUGAGAGAUGAGAUUGUUGGGAUGAAAGAAGACAUGGAACUGCUUGGUAAGUGGCUUUAUCCCAAGGAGUUAGAUCGAAUUGUAAUAUCAGUAUGGGGUUUUGGUGGACUGGGUAAAACAACCCUAGUCAGGAAGGUUUAUGAUUGGGAGAAGGGACUGAAAAGCUUUGACUGUUAUUCAUGGAUUACUGUAUCGCAUAAUGUUAACAUUGAUGCAAUAUUAAGGCAGUUGAUUCAAGAGGUGAGCGAAGAUCAAAGCAAAGUUCCUGCAGAUCUUGACAAUAUGCACCAUGGUAAGCUAAAUGAUGAGUUAAAGGAGGUGUUGUCAAAUAAGAAAUACCUGAUUGUACUCGAUGAUGUAUGGGAUACAAGAGCUUUCCAUGAGCUAUCUGAUUCAUUGGUGGAUGACUACAAAAGAAGUAGGAUAAUAAUCACAACCAGGAACAAUGAUGUUGCUUCACUGGCUCAAGAAAUGUACAAGAUGGAACUCAAUCCACUAGGCAAUGAUGAUGGAUUUGAACUUUUUCGUAGAAGGUGUUUCCAGAAAAGCAAUAUGGAAUGCCCUUCUCAUUUGGAGGAAUUGUCUAGGCAGAUUGUAAAUAAGUGUGGAGGCUUGCCAUUGGCAAUUAAUGCAAUAGCCAAUGUAUUGGCUGUACAGGAAUCAAAAGAAAUAGUAUGGAGAAGAAUAAAUAAUCAAUUCAGUAUGUUCCCGCAAGAUUAUAUUUUCAAGCGUGAGCUCCUUAUCAAGCUAUGGAUAGUAGAGGGCUUUGUAAUACAGAGAGGUCAGAGUACAUUGGAGGAGGUUGCAGAUGGCUACUUCACCGAACUGAUCCAGCAAAGCAUGAUGCAACUUGUCGAGAACGAUGAGAUUGGCAGAGUGGUAAGCUGCAGGAUGCAUGACACUGUGCGAGAAUUAGCACUCUCCUUUUCUAGGAAGGAAAGAUUUGGUCUGGCAGACAUUAACCUUGAAACUCAGAAGAAGGAUGAUGUCUGCCGGCUGUUAGUGUCAAACUUUGAUCAAGUGAAUCAGCUGAUAAGAUCAAGCAUGGACCUUCCUCAUCUCCGGACAUUCAUUGCAGCCAACAAAGUUGCUAAUUAUCAGUUGCUAUGCUUACUAAUUUCAAGGUGUAAAUACCUUGCUGUUCUGGAACUGCGAGAUUCACCCUUGGACAAGAUUCCAGGAAAUAUUGGGGACUUGUUCAACUUGCGCUACCUUGGCCUAAGGAGGACAAGUAUUAAGUCCCUCCCAAGAUCAAUUAAAAGGCUUUGCAAUUUGGAAACUCUGGACCUGAACUCAACUAACAUCAAAAGGCUCCCAAGAGAGGUCGCUAAGUUAAAGAAACUGAGGCACAUCUUUGCAGAGCAAUUAUAUGACCCAGAAGAGAAGCAAUUGCGCUACUUCCGUGGUGUGAAGUUACCUGAUCGUGCUUUUAAUUUGGUACAGCUGGAGACUCUCCAGACUGUUGAGGCAACAAAGAAAUCAGUGAAGCUACUAAAAUACUUGCCUGAGCUGAAGCUUCUGUGUGUCGAGAACAUAUGCCGUGCUGACUGUGCAACGCUGUUUUCUUCCUUAUCAAAUAUGAACCACCUCUAUGAUUUGGUCAUCAGCGCCAAUGAUCUGAAAGAACCUCCGGAUUUUAAUUCUUUCAAUCCUAAAUGUACAAAGCUAGAGAAGCUCACUAUCAGAGGAUGCUGGGAUAGUGAGACAUUCCGGAGACCAGUAUUCUGUGAGUAUGGUGCAAAUAUCAAGUACCUGACAUUGACAUUUUGCAAAAAUGACACCGAUCCACUCCCAUCAAUUGCAUCAAGUGUGCCCAAUCUGAUAUUUUUGAGCAUCCGCAAAGGAUGCUGGGCUGAAGACAUAAUUCUUCGUGCAGGAUGGUUUCCUCAAUUGAGAACUCUUUACCUGGGAAAAUUGGAGGUGAAAAGGCUGUUCAUUGAGGAAGGCGCCAUUAUUAAGCUGGAAGUGAUGCUUCUGCUCUCUCUCACAUAUCUGAAGGGGUCCCUAAAGGUUUGGAGCUUCUUGCAUCCCUCAAGAAGCUCAAUGUCUCGGUGCAACACCCUGAGUUCAAGAUAG